GCAGCCAUUUUAUUCCCUGUUUCAGAACGAACCAUUCAAUCUAGAGCAGGGGUGUCAAAUUCCGUUUCUGGAGGGCGGUUGCCCUGCACAGUCUAGCUCCAACCCUGCUUCAAAACACCUGUAGGUUUCAAACAAGCCUGAAGGACGUACUUAGUUGGGUUGGAACUAAAUUGUGCAGAUCUGCGGCCCUCCGAGAAACUGAAUUUGACAACUGUGAUCUAGAGGGAUGAAAGCACUUGUCAUACAGGAAAAAAUAGCUGAAGUAACAGGUGUCAUCCAGUGUUCAACACGAGUUGAAAUGCAGCUUUAUUUUCUCUUUAUUUCUUUCAUAUAAAUCUGUAAUGACUGAGAGGAUUACCGGAGCCAACCAGAUUUCAACUGGAUCUUCCAGUGAAUCUGGCAUGUGUGAUUUUCAAUUGAGUUGUCUCUUUCCUUUGGAUUUUCUCCUCUUACCUGACCAAUAGUUCAUCAUGGAAGGCAGCACAAUUGGCAUGGAACAUUCAGACAGAAACCAGAAAACAUCUCAAACCAAAUGCUGCCCUCCAAGGCUGAAGAUCUUUAUUGCCGCACUUGCCUUCUGUUACUUCUCUAAAUCCAUGACGGCGUCUUACACCAAAAGCACCAUCACUCAGAUCGAGAGGCGGUUUGAGAUCCCGAGCUCCACCGUUGGCAUCAUUGAUGGGGGUUUCGAAAUGGGUAAUAUGCUGGUCAUUACCCUGGUAAGCUAUGUUGGCGCUAAGUUUCACAGACCCAAGAUCAUUGGAGCAGGGGUUCUGCUGAUGGGUAUAGGAACACUGCUAAUGGCUUCACCUCAUUUCAUUAUGGGCCGGUACAAGUAUGGUACAGCUGCCACCCACACUAAUGAUGCUGGUAAUUUCACUGUGAUCUCUACAUGCUCAUCCGACUCUCAGAAAACUCUUCAACAGCCUUUUUCUGGAUGCCGAAAAGAGGAAGCUGAAAGCUCACCCUUGUGGGUUAUAGUGGUUUUGGGAAACACUAUGCUUGGGAUUGGGGAAGCCAGUAUUAUCCCUCUGGGAAUGUCAUUCGUAGAUGAUUAUGCACGGCCAGAAAACUCAGCUUUUUACAUUGGUUGUCUGAACACAAUUAAAGGGAUUGGGCCAAUUUUUGGUUUCGUGCUUGGAUCUCUUUGUGCUAAUCUUUAUGUGGAUAUUGGCCUAGUGAAUAAAGAAAGCGUGACCAUCACACCACAGGACUCUCGCUGGGUUGGGGCUUGGUGGUUGGGUUAUGUGGUGUCUGGCUUGUUGACUGUCCUCGCUGCUUUUCCUUUCUGGUUCUUGCCAAAAGCUCUGCCUGAAAACUCCCAAAUCUCACUGCUAGACAACACCCCACAACAGCACAAAACCACACCCAGCCUUACAGAGAUAGUCAAAGAUUUUGCGCCAACUUUUAAGCGUCUGCUGACCAAUAAGAUCUACAUUCUGUACCUGGCGUACAGUAUAGUGGCAUUCAACGACUUCGCCAUACUUGUAACGUACACGCCAAAGUAUCUGGAACAGCAGUUUGGGCAAAGCGCAUCCAAAGCCAACUUUCUGAUAGGAGUGACAUGUGUUCCGGCAGUAGCGCUGGGUGUUUUCCUGAGUGGGUUGAUGAUGAAGAGGUUUAAAUGGGGUCUGCUGGCAUCCGCAAGAGUGAAUUUGUUGACCAUAGUCGCCACAGUGUUUUUAACCGUACCUUUCUUCGCUCUCAGCUGUGAAAAUCUAGAUAUCGCUGGGGUUACAGUGCCCUAUCAAGGAUCUACUGAAGUUCAAGGUGUAACCAGUGAUGUACUCCCUUCUUGCAAUGCUGACUGUGGGUGUCCAGACCUCCAUUGGGAUCCAGUGUGUGGAGAGAAUGGAGUGACCUACAUCUCCCCUUGCCAUGCGGGCUGCAGUUCCACCCAGGGUGCAGGACGGAAUAAGACAUUCCAUGACUGCGGGUGUAUUCAGAGCUGGGGACUGAGCGUUGGCAACUCCUCUGCAGUUCUUGGACAGUGUUCACAAAAUCCCAACUGCAACAGAAUGAUGUACCUUUAUCUGGGAUUGCAGUCUUUGGCCCUCUUUGUGUACAGUCUUGGUGCUGUUCCCCUUUUCACCAUGUCUCUGAGGAUUGUGGAUCCCGAGCUGAAGUCUCUCUCUGUGGGAGUGUUACUGUUAUCUAUAAGAGUUUUGGGUGGUAUUCCUGCUCCCAUUUACUUUGGUGCUCUUGUUGACUCCAGCUGUCUGAAAUGGGGCCAGAGGAAAUCUUGUGGAAGGGGUGCCUGCAGAAUUUAUGACAUUGAGACGUUCAGGUUCCUCUUUCAAGGACUGACCAACUGCCUUCGAGUAUUAGCCUGUUCCCUGCUUUGGAUAGCCACAAUAUGGAUAAAGAGGAAAAUACAGAAUGAUAAACAAAUCUCCGAAGACAUGGAACUGCAAAGGGGUCCAUCCGAUGAUCCAGAACACGAGGACGCUGUUAAAUAAUGUUCUGUUGUGCUUUAAUUGAGUUUGUUUGACGUUUUUGCAUUAUUAUCAAUGUACAUGUAUAAAUGAAGGUGAGAGAAAAAGGGAUUGUUCAAUUGUGUAUGUUGAUUUCCUGCAAUGUCAUGUUAUUAUAUAUGGUCACGGGAUGUCUUCUUAUCAAAGAGCUUUUCUUUAACCUUG